UCCGGAGGCUGUCAGCUGUGAACACCGCAUCAACUGCAAUGAGUUUUGAGUGGCCCUGGCAGUACAAUUUCCCACCGUUUUUUACGCUACAGCCCAAUGUUGACACCAGACAGAAACAGCUGGCAGCAUGGUGUUCCCUGGCUCUGUCGUACUGCCGGCAUCACAAGCUCUACACCCUGGACGUCAUGGAGGCCCAGGAAAGCCCAAUGUUCAACAACAAGAAGAUAGAGCGAAAACUGUCAAUGGAAGCAAUUCAAGUUGUGUUUGAGGAACUGAGGAAAAAAGGCAACCUCGAAUGGCUGGACAAAAACAAGUCCCGGUGUUUAGUCAUGUGGAGACGACCAGAGGAGUGGGGCAAGUUAAUAUACCAGUGGGUUUCCAAAAACGGGAUGGUCAACUCUGUGUUUACACUUUACGAGUUGUCCAACGGUGAUGACACAGAGGGCGAAGAGUUCCACGGUCUAGAAGACUGGAUGCUCCUUCGCUCGCUGCAGGCUUUGCAAACAGAAGGCAAGGCGGAGAUCAUCACCAUGGACGACGGGAAGGGCGUCAAAUUCUUCUGAAACGGUGCUGGAAUCACACACACUCUGUCUGGGAGCCCUCAUUCUGUACCUUACAGGCAAAUGUUAAGAUUUAGCCAUUUACGGCUACACAAGGUGCACCUCGUUGCCCAGCCCAGAGGACGCUGGUCCAGUAAAUGUUGUUGCCUUUUGGUUCGCCCAGUUUCAAAGCCUUUUCUUAUUGGAAGAGAACCAAUAUCAUUUAUAAGUGUUUGGGUGGGAAAAGAGCAUUUGAGGUGUGACGGGUAACGUUUGUUGCCAUUUAAACAUGCAAUGAGUCUAUCAGGGGUCUAAAUAUAUAUAAAUCAUAUCUGAAUACUUUAGGGGAAAAUCCUUCCCCACCAGCUGUAACUUUACUCUUUCUUUAUUGUAAAUAAAACUAGUUUUAUGCCAAUUUUUCCCUGUUAACAAAUUUACGCGGUAUAAUUAGCUCUGGACCUCCGCUCGGCUGUUUUUCCUCUGUUCCAAAGAAAUCCCAGAACACAACACCAGAGGGACUUUUUAUUUUGAGAAUAAAUGCUUCCAGAAGAGGAACACCGGAGAGACUUGAACCACCAAUCCUGGCUCCACUCAGCUGAGUGUAAUGAUAGUGGACUUCAUGUACAGAUUGCUGUCAUCCUAUUAUUGUGCAGUAUCUACUGUGACACUCCUGUUAUCUCCUCUCUCUCUCUCUUUCUCUCUCUGUCUAUAUUCAGUUUCUUUUUUUCAUAUCCUGU